UUGUGCAGCGGUUAAGGUUAUCAAAUCACCAAGUUCAAGAGGGUAAUUAGGACAAAAAUAAUUUAGGUGUGUACUGAAUAAACAAACAAUGCCAAAGUCAAAGGACUAUUAGGUAAUGGAAGCACUAUAACAAUAUAUAUAAAAUCUUUCAUCACAAAUCUUAUAGCAAACCAACAAGUCACCCCAAAAGAAAAAAAAAAAACCUUGGAGAGAUGGAAUGGGAAUGGAGCUAUCUAUUUUUCUCUGCAAUCAUGUUGUUACCAGCUUUCAUCUUUUUUUUUUCUAAGAAAAAGACUAGUAAAUGUUCCUACAAAUUACCAUCAGGACCACCAGGAUUACCAAUUUUUGGUAACAUGUUUGAACUAGGAACUGAGCCAUACAAAAAAAUGGCAUGUCUAAAACAGAAAUAUGGUCCUGUUUUGUGGUUAAAAGUAGGCUCUUCCAUCAACACUAUGGUAGUUCAAACAGCUCAGGCUGCUGCAGAGUUAUUCAAGAACCAUGAUGUUUCCUUCGCGGAUCGAACAAUAUCAGAUGUAAAUUUAGCACACAAUUACUAUCAAGGUUCCAUGGCUUUAGGCCGAUAUGGAUCGUUUUGGCGCUUUCAAAGGCGGAUAUGUACUGUGGAAAUGUUUGUACACAAAAAGAUCAGUGAAACAGUACCAAUAAGGCUAAAAUGUGUGGAUAGUAUGUUAAAAUGGAUUGAGAAAGCAGCGAAUUCUGCUGAAAAAGGAAGUGGGAUUGAGGUAACGCGGUUUGUGUUCCUAGCAUCGUUUAAUAUGCUAGGGAAUUUGAUUCUGUCAAAAGACUUGGCUGAUCCAGACUCUGAAGAGGCCUCAGAGUUCUUCAACGCCAUGAAGGGAAUCAUGGAGUGGUCAGGCACUGCUAAUGUUUCUGAUAUAUUUCCAUUUCUUAGAAGAUUUGAUUUGCAAAAAUUGAGGAAGAAGAUGGUGCGCGACAUGGGAAAGGCGAUGGAGAUCGCUUCUAUAUUUUUGAAGGAGCGCGAGGGAGAACGAAAGAAGUGUGAGGAGAAGGGAAAAGAUUUCUUGGAUGUGUUGCUUGAAUUUGAGGGUACCGGAAAAGAUGAACCAGCUAAAUUAUCAGAACAUGAGAUCAAAGUAUUAAUAGUGGAGAUGUUUUUAGCUGGUUCGGAGACGACUAGCAGCAUCGUAGAAUGGGCACUGACAGAGCUUUUGCGUCAUCCUGAAGCAAUGGACAAAGUGAAAACAGAGAUAUCAAGAGUUGUAGGACCAAACAGGAAGUUUGAAGAAAGUGAUAUUGACAAUCUCCCUUAUAUGCAAGCUGUAAUCAAAGAAUCACUUCGUUUACAUCCUCCUCUCCCUUUCUUGAUCCCAAGAGAGACAAUUCAAGACACCAAGUUCAUGGGGUACGACAUACCAAAAGGCACUCAAGUCCUAGUAAAUGCCUGGGCGAUUGGAAGAGAUCCUGAAUGUUGGGACGACCCUAUGAGUUUCAAGCCGAAAAGGUUUCUUGGCUCAAAAGUGGAUGUGAAGGGUCAACAUUAUGAGCUAAUUCCAUUUGGUGCUGGAAGGAGGAUGUGUGUUGGCUUGCCUUUAGGCCAUCGCAUGAUGCAUUUCACUCUGGGAUCGUUGCUUCACGAAUUCGAAUGGGAGCUUCCUGAUGGUGUCUUUCCUAAAUCUAUUAAUAUGGAUGAAAGCAUGGGACUAACAGCCAGAAAACGAGACUCUUUGAAAGUGAUGCCAAAAAGGCUUGAUUACAUAUCGAACCAACAAGUAUUUGAGUCGUUAUAAUUAUGAACUUCUGCAUAUUUUUCUUUGUAAUAAGUAUUUGUAGUGCUUGUACUAAAUGUAUAUUUACCUAGAUCUAUGUCAAAUACAGAUUACAAUUUGGAGAAAUGAUCAUAUAUGAACUUGUAACGUA